UAAUGUUUGAUUUCAGAGCUCUACACGGGAGAGAGGAGGAGGAAGAAUAAGACUGAAAAGACCGUUGGUGGAGUCGAGGUAGGAACACGGGAGAAUGGAGGUUCAGGUGUCAGGAAUGCAGAGUUCCCAGGUAGACCCUGAGGAACUUUUCACCAAGUUGGAGCGAAUCGGUAAAGGAUCAUUUGGUGAGGUCUUCAAAGGCAUCGAUAAUCGCACCCAGAGCGUAGUAGCCAUUAAGACUAUAGAUCUGGAAGAGGCCGAAGAUGAUAUUGAAGAUAUACAACAGGAGAUUACUGUACUGAGUCAAUGUGACAGUCCCUAUGUCACCAAGUACUAUGGGUCAUACCUAAAGGGCAGUAAACUAUGGAUCAUCAUGGAGUAUCUAGGAGGGGGUUCAGCUCUAGACCUGUUGCGUGCAGGUCCGUUUGAUGAGUGCCAGAUUGCCACCAUGCUGAGGGAGAUCCUGAAGGGUCUGGACUACCUUCACUCAGAGAAGAAGAUACACAGAGAUAUCAAAGCUGCCAACGUCCUUCUCUCUGAGCAGGGCGAGGUGAAGAUAGCAGACUUCGGAGUGGCUGGACAGCUGACAGACACACAGAUGAAGAGAGACACAUUUGUAGGGACACCAUUCUGGAUGGCACCUGAAGUCAUACAGCAGUCUUCUUAUGAUCACAAGGCUGAUAUCUGGUCUUUAGGUAUAACAGCUAUAGAGCUGGCUAAAGGAGAGCCUCCGAACAGUGACAUACACCCUAUGAAAGUUCUCUUCCUGAUCCCGAAGAGCAGUCCCCCCUCCCUCGGGGAAGAUUUCUCCAAGAGUUUCAGAGAGUUCACAGACUCCUGUCUCAAUAAGGACCCAGUCUUCAGACCCUCAGCCAGAGAGUUGUUGAAACAUAAGUUCAUAGUAAAGAACUGUAAGAAGACUUCCUACCUGACUGAACUGAUUGACAGGUUAAAGAGAUGGAAGACUGAAGAACACAGCGAUGACGACUCUAGCGAUGACGACGAUAGUGAGUCCAGUAACAAGGAGGACAGUCCAUCUCAACCCGAGUGGUCGUUCACCACCAUACGGAAGAAAGAUAAGAAAGAUAAGGACGGCAGGAAGGACCAGGAACAGCACUUAAAGUCCACCAGUUAUUCCACAGUCAUCUCUCCAGUCUUCUCAGAGUUUGAUCACAGGGGCAGUGAUGAACAGAGGCGUGCUCUAGAGGAGCUGGAGAGAAACAUCCGACUGGCUGAAGACGUCUGUCCUGGAAUCACAGACAAGAUGGUCGCCACCAUCAUAACACGCUUCAGGACGUUCACUCCAACAUAAAAGAGAAGAGAUGGAAGGAGACAGAGAUUCGAGGUCGAUUCCAGUUAAACGAAGGAAGAAAGAAGAAGUGCAGAAGUUCUACACACACACACACACACACACACACACACACACACACACACACACACACACACACACACACACACACACACACACACACACACACACACACACACACACACACACACACACACACCAGUAAUGUAACUAAACGUUCCAUUCUUGCUGAAUGUCUUGGGUCUCAGUAGAAAAGGCUGUACUGUCUACCUCCAGACAUAGAGAUGUUCAUUCCCCAACUAGCUCGUCUGUUGUUCAUUCCCCAACUAGCUCGCCUGUUGUUCAUUCCCCAACUAGCUCGUCUGUUGUUCAUUCCCCAACUAGCUCGUCUGUUGUUCAUUCCCCAACUAACUCGUCUGUUGUUCAUUCCCCAACUAGCUCGUCUGUUGUUCAUUCCCCAACUAGCUCGUCUGUUGUUCAUUCCCCAACUAGCUCGUCUGUUGUUCAUUCCCCAACUAGCUCGCCUGUUGUUCAUUCCCCAACUAGCUCGUCUGUUGUUCAUUCCCCAACUAGCUCGUCUGUUGUUCAUUCCCCAACUAGCUCGUCUGUUGUUCAUUCCCCAACUAGCUCGUCUGUUGCCUUGUUCAUUCACCCAGUAUCUUACUCAUUAACUCUCAGCUGGUUACACAUCACUACCUGUCUGCCCCUUGGUCCUAACCCCCUCAAUGUUAACAUGUCUGUAGGGUCUGGAUAGGUAUAAACAGUAUAGUGGUGAAGCUUCCACUGUAUUGAUUCCACCGUACAGAUUGGAAAACAUUAAAAGGGUUUAGGACCAAGGAGACGGGUAAGAAUAGAUCCCAAUCUAAUCCAUAGCAACACAGAGGGCAGCGGAGGGUCCCACACUGUUUGAUGAUUGGCAGAACUGUGUUCUGGAGUGUUGUUGUUGUGGCUGGGUUCUAUUCCAGAAUUCAGUUAGAAUGUCAUCCCACCGACAUUCCAGUUCCGGAGCCAUCUAGAACCCUUUUUCACAUUUCCUUCUCCCAUUCUAAAGUAAAUAACUCAGGGCUCUACUUUUUGAAAUAUUUACCUGUAUAUUGGGAUACAUUUAAAUAUGACAUUUUCAUGUUUUUAUAUGGGAUUAGUAGGUUAUACAUGUCUGGGAAAUUUAGAAAAUGUUGCGUGAUCCAUUUUUAUAUUUCAAUAGAUGUUGAAAGAUUAAUGUUGUAAAUAUAGUUUGAUCAAAAUUGUGUGUGUGUGUGUGUGUGUGUGUGUGUGUGUGUGUGUGUGUGUGUGUGUGUGUGUGAGUGUGAGUGUGAGUGUGAGUGUGAGUGUGUGUGUGUGUGAGUGUGUGUGAGUGUGAGUGUGAGUGUGAGUGUGAGUGUGAGUGUGUGUGAGUGUGAGUGUGAGUGUGAGUGUGAGUGUGAGUGUGUGUGUGUGUGUGUGUAUUGGUACCAGUAUAGAGUGUGUUGGGAGAAAUACAAAGGGAAAGAUUUGUUUAACAGUCUUUUGUAUAAAUUUGAACGUUAAUUUGUGUGCGAUUUUUAUUUAAAUUAUUUCUAGGUUUUUCUUUUGAGGGGAAUAAUUGUUUAAUUUUGGCCUUCAUUUUUGGCCUUUUGGCCUGUGUGUUUCGGCUAUGUGCUGGUUUGAUCAUCAAAGCCUCUGAAUCUAUGCAGUAAAAAUGUUUAGUAGAAUGGGUUUAGAUUUUAUAUCCAGGGCCCGUUUUUCAAAAAGUGUGUCAGUAGAAGUUAGAAGUUCUGAUCUAGGAUCAGGUCCAUAUCAGGGUUGGGGUCAAUUCUAUUCAGUAAAAUCUUUUGAAAUUGUUACGUUUAUUUUUGUUCAGAAUAAAAUGCUUUAUGAUGUACA